AUGGGUCCUCAUCUACUUCUCUUCUUGCUUCUUUCCUUCUUGCUAUGCACAAUUAUUCCGAUAAGUAGAGCUAGCGUUACAAAAAAGCUAGACCAAACGUUAGUGCCACAAGAACCCGAUGCAGGAAUAAAGUGUGGAUCAUGCCCCUGUGUCAACCCAUGUGGCCAGCUGCCUCCUCCUCCUCCUCCUCCGCCCCCACCACCACCAACUCCAUAUUGUACACCUCUUGCACCACCACCUCCAAGGUUCUAUUAUGUGACCAGUACUGUGCCCGAGAGUGUGUAUGAAACUAAUCCUUAUUAUCGAUGGGGGCUUUACGAUGGUGCUAGACAGAAUGCUGUCACAUGGUUGCUGUUUUUUAUUGGUCUUGGAGUCACAGAGCUUCUG